CUCACCUGGCUGGCAGGCUGUCAAAGGGCGAUUCAGCAGAGGAGCAAACUAAAGUACAUAAGGGGAAGAAGCUUUUUAACAACAUGCUGUCAAGUGUAACGAUGUGAACUUUCCGCCUGACCUGUUGUUUUUGAGGAAUUGUUAACUUUGUGAAUGACAGCUUUGACGUUCACUGUCCCAAGGAGAUUGUAGUUUCAUUUUAAGAAGUAGGUUCUCAAAGACAGUUCCGGGUUGAGAUCGCUAUCAGGUUAACUAUAGUUAGUCUCAUAAGGACUGGGAGUUGGGAAGUAGACCAGCAUGGAAUACGAGCUGAAGUCAGUCAAGACGAAUGGGACCGACGAAGAACGGGUGACAGCAGGUAAUGGAGGCGCCCAGGCCAACAUGAUCCCUGAAGCAACAGAGAGAGAUGGGUUGUUUACUGGACAGAGUAGCUCACAGUGCAGGAUAAAGAAAGAGCUGAAUGCGGUCAUCUGCAGUCCAAUCAGACUAUGGAUGGUCAUCAUCAUCAUUUUAGUCAUCAUCAUUGCUGUGAUUGUGAUUUCCCUGGUCUUGUGCUCAGUGAUUCACACGGACUUGGAUGAGAAGUACGACGCUGCAUUGUUUAACAUUCCUCAAAGUUUCAAUGGGAGCUUCAGACUGCCCAAUCAAGUCUUCAAAGAGCAGCUUCUUACCCUUAACUCCAGUGAAGGGAACGCUCUCGCCACAGGCCUUCAAAAAAAGAUGGUUGACUUCUACAGAUCCUCCCCUGCCCUAGGACGAUACUUCUCCGAAGCUAAAAUCAAUGCUUUCAGGAACGGUUCAGUCAUCGCAGAUUACCGGCUGACAUUUCACAUGCCUGCAGAGGGGCAGUAUCAGCUGAGGAACUUUACCCUGAGCAGGGAGAUGGUGUACAACGUGUUUAGACAGUUUCUAUUCGACCAGGAGACAACGUCAGAACCCAUGUAUAUUGAUCCACGUUCCCUCAAUUGCUCACAAACAUACUAGAAAACAUACAUAUCUUACUUGACAUUUAGAGAAUAAGACAGCAAAUACAAAACCUCUGAAGGUUGGUGUUUGUACCAUGUGAUCUAUGAAACGUCUGAGAUUCUCGCAUGAGCAUAUGAUGCAACUUUACCACAUGAACCUGCAUGGCCACAGUCAUGCAAAGUCAUGCUGACUUAAGUCAUAUGGAUGAUCUAAUUUUGAAUGAUAUUCUUUUAAAACUUAACUCAAUGUAAAAGUUACAUCCUGCUGUCAAAUUGAGUGGUUUAACCCACUAGAAAAUGCCAACAACGAUCACUGUGUUCUGAAGUAUAUGAAAUGAAUGAAAUAUUUCAUACUCUACUUUAGAUUUGAUUGUGUUUUUGUAUAACUCCAAGUAUAUUAAUUGCAAGAGUAUUUGCAUGAAUGUCUGUGUUAUAAUUAUUUAUAUUUAGUAUGACGAUCUGUAUGUGGAAAGCCUGUGGUCAUGAAAGUGUUUUUAAUGGAGAUAGGUGUUUAUAUUUGCAUAAUGUAUUCCAUUAUUCUGCAUCACCAGACAUCAUUUGCAAACCAAAACUGUAGAUCACAUUUUCCUAGAGCGUAAACACGAAUAGGAAAACUAACCGGGUGCAACAGCUAUGUUGUAAGUCAGGGCAAUGUAUGCUCAUUUAAAAUUAUAUAUUCUUCACACAAAUACACUAAUAUACCACUAAGUGCACAUUAUUUUGUACGUUUUUCACUGAGGCUUUGUUUGAUAUGUACAGUGAGGGUCAGUUUUUAUCCGUAACCUACUGUAUUUUUAACAUGCUGUUCUGUGGUUGAACAGUAGAGGGAGUGCAUGUUCCUCAUACAAGUAAACACCUUUUCUUUGUUUUCUAUCUGUUUUGUGCUUCUUGUCUCUUUUUUUUGCUGAGAAAUAUUGAG